GCCCAAAGCUCGCUGCCUUCCCGAUAUUAGCACAGAUUGGUGUCGACCGGACUGAGAAUCCGGAUCCAGCACCGGACCGUGCCGCCGCGUGGCGCGCACAGACCCGACCGGUUGCCACUGCCCCUUCUCUCGCGGGACACGCACACACACUCUCUCUCACACACACACACACACACACCAUCAUCGCUCCUACAACAUGGCCGGUAGCAUUGUCUUUUUGCGUCAGCGCGUGGAACGCGGCCUCGCUUACCUCUACCACUGCCGACCGCCAGCCUGGUCUGGAGCGCGCUUGCCAUGGAUGGCCCAUGGGUGCCUACCUGUCGCCAGCAAGCGGGAGAACGAGCUCGCGCCCAGAACGCGCACGAGGUUGCUGCUGCUGGCGGCGGCCGUGGCUCCAGCACCCGCACAACUGCAGGCGCGACCUGCGGCUGCGGUCGCCGGCCUGCCUCGCUCUCCUUCGCCGCGGCGCCGAGGCACGCCCGGCUGAUGACUGGCCGCGGCCGCUCAACACUCGGCGCCAGCCGGGCACAACCGGCGGCGCGUGGCUUGCUGUCGCUUCGGGCCCAGAAGGAUGCCAACGACCGCUGGAGCGGCUUCCGGGCCAGGAAUCCCUGGGUGACUCCCCGCAUCGAGCAGGCUACAGUUCAGAACCCGACUGGACUCAAGGACUUUGCCGACGGGUUCAACCGCCUGACCCUGCUUCCCACCGUCAGUGAAGAGGAGCAACGGGCCGCGCAGGCCGUGGCAGACAAGGUGAUCAGGCUGGUCCAAAGAAUGGAAUCCAUCAAGGUGCCACGCACCCUGCCGGCAGGCAGCUGGGGCCGCCGCACGCUUGUGACGGAAGCGUUUGAUAUCGACCUGGUGCUGUACGUGAGCGAGUACGGCGGCAAGCCCGUGUCGGACCUGGAGCUCUGGCGCGAGGCGUACACCGGGCCGGGCUCUGUGGCCCGCAUGCGCCGCGAUGUGAAGGACGCGCUACAGAGGGCCGAUCCCAGCUGGUCGGUAGAGAUUGCCAACGACGCCCACUACGGAAACGUGCUGCGGGUCCUUGUGGGCGGCAUGAAGAUGGAUCUGAUGCUGCUGCCCGAGCUCGUGUCCGGCACACAAGACGACCCGGUGUGGGCGCAGCACGUGCGGCUCGCCCGGCCCCUGUUCGCCGACCCCGGGGCCGCCGAGUACGACCAGGUCCGGGAGCGCGCCGACGGCGGCGCCCUGGUUGAGUACGUCAAGAGCGUCAACGACGACGUCAAAAGCGUCAUGCGCUGGGUCAAGGGCCUGUACAAGGGCGGUGUGCUGGUCAACGGCCUCAGCCCCGGCGGCGACGAGCACAUCCGGUCCUUCUCACUCGAGGUGCUGGUGCUGGCAGCCCACCAGCGGCUCAGGCAGGGCGAGGGCGGCCAGCACGCGUCGAGCGGCAGUGACUACAAGCUGGCGCUGUUCCGUAAGUUCCUGGAGGUGAUGGUGGCGGCGGUGCGGACACCGGAGGUGGUGACGGUGAACGCGGGCAAGUGGGGCUACUCCCACAAUGACGGCGUGCGCUUCGCCCACUGCUGGCGGCAUGGCACCGUCCGCAUCAUACACCCCAUUGACCCCACAUGCAACCUGGAGCGGCCGCGCCAGCACCGGGACGUGUCGGACUGGACCCCGUACGUGGCGCUGGCGGAACGGCUGCUGGCGCUGCUACAGCGCGGCGGCACCUUCCGGGACUUCGUGAUGGUGCCGGAGGUGUCGCGCGCGCUGCAGCGCAUGGGCGGGAUGUAGGUGCGUGUGCAUGCACGUGUGCGGUAGCCGCAGCGUUGUCUUCACUGCUGCGCGUGCAGCAUGGGGCUGCAUGCAUGCAUUUGCUGGGGUGCAUGUGAGGUUGAGGUGUUGACGCCCUGCUCGCUGUCGCUCGGCAGCGGGCUGUGUGUGUGUGUGUGUGUGUGUAUGUGUGUGUGUGUGUGUGCGUGCGUGUGUGUGUGUGUGUGUUACAAUGGAAACGAAAACCCUGUGUGUGUGUGUGUGUUAAAGAGCACAAGGAAAACGUUGCGCAAAGACAGUGUAUGCGAUGCAGCAAAGCGACGGUUUACGGAUGUUACCUGAAGUUACCUCGCAUACCUGCUGCGUUGAGCCGCCGGUCUUACCAACCGGAAAUCGCGCAACCCCCGCUACUCUAACCUCGAGGGGGGAUUAGUGUCCACACGCUCUCAAGGGUGCAAACCCAUGCAUGUGCUCACGGUACCGUGAGGCCCAGGCACUCCUACGAUUCCUAGCUCCGCGCCGCUACUCCUGGCCGCUAAGUCCAAGCUCCCGCCCAAUCCUCGAUGUGUGUGUGUGUGUAUGUGUGUGUGUGUGUGUGUGUGUGUGUGUGUGUCUCGGGGGCAGCCGUCACCCGGCAGCGCCUCAUGCAUGGAUUGCUUGCGUGGCGUGGUGUGUGGGACAGGUGAUAAUGCACAGAUUAAGUCCACUCGGAGUCCGGACACUCCAAGGUAUGCGUGCGGCGGGCUUACGUAUCCGCCACGUUUGAUGGUCAGGAGGAUGGCCUGCGAACCGGCGGUGAGGGACCGCCUGGGCAGUUGUAGAUAGUACACGAGUACUCAGUCUCAUGUGCAGCAAAACAACUACGGCCUUAGUGUUGUUUUGCAAUGGCGGGCUGAGGGGGCAAGGCACGGAGGCUUGCAUGCUUCGUAUGCCGCCAAGACUGGCGCACAGCAUUUUGCCAGCCGCAUGCAUUGGGUACACGAGGGACCUGCUGACGCAGCGCACACGGGCCAGCGAACUAACCGCAAUACGAGGCAAGACGAGGCAGGACGACGUGGGGGACGAGGCAGGACGAGGCAGGACCGGGGGGACGUGGCACCAUACCUAAACUCAAGACAAGUCAUGGGCUGCUGGGGCGGGGGGGCACUGGGGGGAGGGGGUGUGACGCCGAUCACCCCCAGGCGGAUUGGAUUGGCGAUUUGGCGGAGACCGCGGAGUAGGAUUGAACCCCUGCUUGCUUUGUAAGAACAAUGGGGUACCAGGGGUGUGUAUUGGGAUCCAGCGUGUGCCCGGCCGCGAGCCGCAAGCAUUGGAACGCUGCGUUGCCUCUUUCGCUAGUAGUGUGGACUGGUGGCAGGAUAGUAUGUACUGCUGGUGUCAUGGCCGUAUGGACAGGGCCCACCAGUGGCGGUUGGUGCUGGGAGCCACUGCUAGUGCGUGUAUGGGGCGCGCACUCGCGCAGUGCGGUAGAUGGGAUGUUGCCCCGGGGGGCCAGGGCGGCAGUAGGAUGUCGCCCGGACAGACUGAGCAAUGCUGCGGCGGUGCAUACACUGUGUGGCUUGAGGAUCAGGCAGGGCCGGUCAUCUGAGCGGAGCUGUGUCGCCCGCGUGCAUGUGUGCAGCCGCUAUACGCACACGCCACAAUGACAUGGCUGACAUGGCCGGCGGCUGAGGGUAGCAGUCAGGGGAACCCCUGGUAGCGAAUAGAGGUUACAUGUGGGACGACAGCCGCGGAAUAUCCAAGGCUUCAAAAGCGCACGUACGCUUACUCGAGGAGAGAAUCCCCUGGUAGCAGUUGGCGAGGUCAACGCAACGGCCCGAGGCAAGGCGUCCCGACAGGGCGUCCCGUCAGUCACGGAAACUGGGUCCUGGAUUAGUCUCUAGGAAGGCAACGUAACAUUUCAUUGCUUCUACUCGCUCCCCUUCGCCAGCGUGAGCGCUGCGUUGGUUCAUGGUUGGUGCGCGUCAUCGUGGCUCGCGUUGCCAUGAUGGCAGGAGCCCGCCGGGCAGCUUUAGCAAACAGAAUUCCAGGUCCUCGCUCACCUAGUAGCAGGAGAAGCUAUACAAACUGCGCUUACGUCACCAUUCGAACAUUUGAGCCUUUGAGUUCGCAUCUAGCAAACGUUCGCGGAUGCCCCAUCGCGCGGGAAUGCUGUCCUUGUAAUCAUGUGACUGU